CGUAGCCCUCUCUAGCUUUCUUUCUCGUGGUGAAGUUUUGCCUCUAAUUUAUUUUACAAUGGCUCGAGAAUUCAAACUCCUCUGUGUCCUUGGGCUAGUUGCAACCUGUGUUGUUGCUACAACUACAGAAGCUGUGCCUACUACAACUGCAGCGCCUACAACAACUACAGAAGCACCAACUACUACAAUUACAGUGCCUACAACAACUACAGAAGCACCAACUACUACAACUGCAGCGCCCACAGCAACUACAGAAGCACCAACUACUACAACUGAAGCUCCUACAACAACUACAGAAGCACCAACUACUACAACUGAAGCGCCUACAACAACUACAGCAGGUCCAACUACUACAACUGAAGCGCCUACAACAACUACAGAAGCACCAACUACUACAACUGAAGCUCCUACAACAACUACAGAAGCACCAACUACUACCACUGAAGCGCCUACAACAACUACAGAAGGUCCGACCACUACCACUGAAGCGCCUACAACAACUACAGCAGGUCCAACUACUACAACUGAAGCACCUACAACAACUACAGCAGUUGCGACUACUACAUCUCCAACAACUACAGCAAGUCCAACUACUACAACUGAAGUGGCCCCAACAACUACAGCAGGUCCAACUACUACAACUGAAGUGGUCCCAACAACUACAGCAGGUCCAACUACUACAACUGAAGUGGCCCCAACAACUACAGCAGGUCAAACUACUACAACUGAAGUGGUCCCAACAACUACAACAGGUCCAACCACUACAACUGAAGUGGUCCCAACAACUACAGCAGGUCCAACUACUACAACUGAAGCGGGCAAAACAACUACAGCAGGUCCAACUACUACACCUGAAGCGGGCAAAACAACUACAGCAGGUCCAACUACCACAACUGAAGCGGGCAAAACAACUACAGCAGGUCCAACUACCACAACUGAAGCAGUCAAAACAACUACAGCAGUUCCUACAACCACAAAGCCUCCAGGCCCUUGUUACGGAAGCCCAUGUGGUGAUGGGAGCACCUGCCUGCCUCGUCACAAUGAAACCUUUGUAUGCUCAUGUUUGGCUGGUAACUACAAUUAUGGCAGCGGCACAUGUGAGAGUGCUAAAGUUUUCCCCGGACAACUAAGCCUGUCUAAAUUACCAUACGAUAAAGCUAUGGCUAACUCGACAUCAGAAGCAUUUCAAGACGUCGCGCAACAAAUUUAUGCAGAGAUGUCAGAAGUUUUCAGUGAAGAUGGUUACUCUAAUUGUACAGUACUGAAGCUUCAGCCCAUUGCAGCUGCUAAAUUAUGGUCACGGUCAGAGCCUGGAAUCCUUGCAACUGUGGAGAUCAUCUUCAAAGCUAAUGUUCCCAUCAACGAAUCAGCCAUUGGACAGAUGCUGGCUGCAGCGGGUGGUGUACUGAAAGAUUCCAAUUUCACUGCUUCAAACCUGUGUGAUGAGAAGAAGCCCUGUGAUGCAGAUACUGCGGAAUGCAUCAAAGAAGAUGGAUCUUUUAGCUGUAAAUGUAUGGAAAACUACGUCAAGACGGACUUUAGUAACCGCAUGUGCAUUGCUUGUCCCAGCGGUAAAAAAGCUCAGGGCUCCGAAAAAUGUGUAGAUUGUCCGUUCGGUUAUUCUGGCUUUAACUGCAAUGAAUCAUGGAAGCUGUCACUGGUAAUCGUCGGUUCCGUGUUGGGGGGACUGCUGCUCAUCACAGUCAUUCUUCUGCCUAUUGUGGCAUGCAAAUCCUCAAAGAAGAGCUCCAAGAAGGACAAAAAUGCAGACACUGGGAAGUCUUACGUCAGCCACCCUCAAGACAAGAAACCAUUGGUUAACAGCAGCUUAGGCAACAGCCAGGCAGCCUCGUUUAAUGGGUCAGCCAACGGCCUGUCAGCCUUCACCAAUGCUGGGGUGCCCAGGAUCCCACGGGCCACAACCAACAACAGCUGGGACAGCAGGACCAACCUGGAGAUGACUCAGAGCAACAAGCGGCAAAACCUGGCACCAGUGGGGAGGAACCCACGGCUCUACGACGACCAUAAUGACAUGAACCCAUAUGCUCAGGCUCGACCCCAGAACGGCCUCUACGCUCAGUCUCGACCCCAGAACAACCCCUAUGCCCAGACUCGACCUCAGAUCAACCCGUACACUCAGAACCAAGGCCACAGCAACCCUUACUACGUGCACGAUGAUGGAAGAAGGUUCAAUUAAAGAGGAACCACAGAAGUUUACUCUACAUUGACAUUUAACCAGAUCAAAAACUUGGUGUUGGAAACACCUCCCCCACCCCCAAAUAACUGUGCACCUUUAAUAUCCUAUAUGAGGUUAUGAGGAGUUGUAUAAACAGAAGCACAGCGGUUGGCUGAAGAAAUGUGUAAUAGUAUAAAGUCUAUGCUGACCAGCUGUGAGCUGUCAUGAAUCAUUCCUGUCUUUCCUUGACUAAUCUUUGUAAAAGUUGGGGACGUGAAUAUGCUGUUGGUCUUUUCAAAGGUUUCUCAAUAUUUUUAUUCUCAGUCAAUUAAAGUAUUACUCACUUAAGAAUGUCUGAUUAAAUAGCAUUGAAGCCAAGAAAUGACUUGCUGUUUAAUAUCAUUCUCUUGCCGUGUUAAUAUCUGGCUCGUCUAUGAAUUUACAAGUGAUCAUGUGUAUGUAAAAUGUGUUUAAGGGUUUAUAUAAUGAGUCACGAUUUACUCAGGUUUUGCAAAUGAGACGAGCAUUUUUUGUUGUUCUAAUAAAAUGUAGUGAGCAUUUCUUCAAAUUAUGGUGAUAGGUCCCCCUAUGUAUUUCAGUAUAAUUUGUGUAAAAUGUUUACUCUACAUUGAAAUUGCUUGAUGUUCUAUUUUGUAUAACAGAGUAUAUUUUGUUUAUUUGUAACCACUUUUAUGUUUGAUUGAUACCCAAAGGUUAUUCAACAUAUUUAAAAUUAAAACAGUACUUGGAAAUAUUUUACUACUUAUUUUAUUGCAUUAGUGUGUCUCUGUCACUCAUACUUUUUAUAUGAUAUUUGAUUCAUUUUAACCAUA